GCUACUCACCUGCAAAACUUUUUGUAAACUCAAACACAUACUUCGUUUGCAAUCAUGACCCGCACUCAGAAAGCCAACGAUAUCCCUCACAACCACCCCGAGGCUGAAGCAGCCUUCAAUGAGCACCAAAUCCCCAAGUUCUUUGGCAAGAGUGGCCAUGUCGACACCGCUCCCAACAAGACCAAGAAGAACGGCGGUGGAAAGGGCAACUGGGGCCUCGCCGGUGAUGAAUUGCAAGACCUUCCCGACGAAUACACGGUCUUUAAGGCUCGUCGUCGCUCCAAUUCCAUGGGCCAUAUCGAGAACAUGUACGUCAAGUCCAAGUUUGAAACCCUCGACGACGAACCCGUUUUCGAUGAAAGGAUCCACGGAGCUGUGGGGCCCGGAGUCGCUGAGGACGGGGCUGAACUAGCCUCCACCGUUUCCAAUUCUACCAAUGCAUCUGUUGAAGGCGAAAAGGCUUAGAUUCUCUCUGUGGCGUUCCUCUGAUUUUGAUUUUGAUUUUUUUUCUUGAAAAUUUAAUUCGGAGGGGUUACUUUUACUGUUUCAUAGGUUCAAUUGCUCUCUUCUCUGCUCUUUCUUACUCAGGGUAUUCCACAUUCUUCUUUGCUUUCAUGUCUUAUGUAUAACGAAAUGGGAAAGUGAUGGGGGGUUGGCGUGUGAUAUUUCUUUCUCUUUGUGCGGGAUUUUCUUGUACCCCCGCCGUCGGCUUCGUGGGCCAAUUUCAAACAUCUCAUCUCA